AUUCACUAUCUAAAGUUUUAUAACUCUCUUUUAAUGCAUUAUUAUUGUGCUUGCUGUAAUAGCCUUGAUCAUUUUCCAACAAUGGGUCAAAAUUCUCUUGAACAUGAGGAGUUGUUUUCUCGUCGUUGCAUACUGGUCAACGGGCCAGUCAUAGUAGGCGCUGGCCCGUCUGGGCUUGCAGUCGGCGCAGGACUCCAGCAACAAGGGGUCCCUUAUGUUAUCUUGGACCGUGCUGACUGCAUCGCAUCUCUUUGGCAAAACAAGACAUAUGAUCGCCUCAAACUCCAUCUACCUAAACAGUUCUGCCAAUUACCUUACUUCCCUUUCCCAUUAGAUUUCCCUGAAUACCCUUCAAAAAACCAGUUUAUCGACUAUCUUGAAUCAUAUGCCAAGAAGUUUGAGAUUAGUCCUAGGUUCAAUGAGUCCGUUCAGACAGCUAAGUAUGAUGAGAGUUGUGGGCUUUGGCGUGUUAGAACAGUGACCGAAAAUUGUGAAGUUGAGUAUAUAUGCAGGUGGCUCGUGGUGGCAACCGGGGAGAAUGCUGAGAAGGUGGUGCCUGGUUUUGAAGGGCUUGAUGAGUUUGAUGGCACGGUUAUGCAUGCGUGUGAUUACCGGUCUGGUGAGAUUUUUGAGGGACAAAGAGUCUUAGUGGUAGGUUGUGGGAAUUCCGGCAUGGAAGUCUCUCUUGAUCUUUGCCACCACAAUGCUUUCCCAUCCAUGGUGGUUCGAAACUCGGUUCAUAUACUACCAAGGGAAAUCGGUGGCAAAUCGACAUUUGAGUUAGCAACUUCACUAAUGAAAUGGCUACCAUUAAAGGUGGUUGACAAGAUAUUACUUGUUCUUGCAAGAUACAAACUUGGAAACUUGCAAAAAUAUGGUAUAAAGAGGCCAUUAAUGGGCCCAUUACAGCUCAAAAAGAUCAAAGGCAAAACCCCUGUUCUUGAUAUUGGAGCAUUACGAAAGAUCAAAUCUGGGAAGAUAAAAAUAGUCCCUGGAAUUAAGAAAUUCUCACUCGGCCGAGUCGAGCUAGUCAAUGGAGAAAAUCUUGACAUAGAUUCAGUUAUUUUGGCGACUGGUUACUGCAGCAAUGUUCCCUCAUGGUUAAAGGAUGAUAAUUUGUUUUCAAUUGAAGGAAUGCCGAUGAGACCAUUUCCUGAAGGGUGGAAAGGGAAAGCCGGUUUGUAUGCAGUUGGCUUCACCGGAAGAGGUCUCUCUGGUGCAUCCCUUGACGCUAUCCAAGUUUCACAACACAUUGGCAACAUAUGGAAUCAAGAAACCAAGCCAACGAAUCAUUAUGUCACAUUCUCUUGUGAUCGAAGAUGAA